CCUCUCUCCGGCAACAUGGCGGCCCCCGUAGACCAAGAAUUGAAGAAGGCUUUCGCAGAGCUGCAAGCCAAAAUGGUCGAUACCCAGCAGAAGGUGAAGCUGGCAGACCUACAGAUCGAGCAGCUGAGUCGCAUGAAAAAGCACGCCAAUCUGACCACGGAGAUCACUUUACUCCCCGAGACCACUCGCAUGUAUGAAGGAGUAGGACGCAUGUUUAUCUUGCAGUCAAAAGAUGAGAUUAAUAAUCAGCUGACUGAGAAGCAGAAAACAGCAGAUGACAAGAUCAAAGAGCUGGAGCAAAAGAAGACCUACCUGGAGCGCAGUGUGAAGGAGGCAGAGGACAACAUCAGAGAAAUGCUAAUGUCCAGGCGGGCCCAAUAAAGCGCACAUCCAGCCCUGUUUUCACUUACUUUUCCACAACCUGUUAUUAAUUUAAACACGUUUUUGCAUAGAGAAUACAGUUAUUUCUAACAGAAAGCAUGAAUCAUAUUUCAUUCAACAGAGGCCAGUAAGAUUGGCUGUAGACAGGCGUGGCAUGUAGGUCACUCCGUUGUUAACCAUUGCUCUUGUGAUGUGUCAUGUUUACUUUUUUUCAUCGGCAUGUAAUAAAAAAGUUUUUUUUUCUUUAA